ACUUCAAGACAAGAACAGUCCAUCCCGUCAUUCAUUAGCGGCUCCGGCGAGAGUCGAACGAAGCAGCAUGGAAGACAACGAAGACUCCUCCACUCUUCACCAGAUUCUAGAUCUCUUUUUCUCCGCCGGUUACGUUGAAGCCGUAAACUCCGACGCGCCGCCGUCUCACAAAAUCGCCCACGGCCUUUCCUGGUGCUUCGCCUCCCUGGACGCCUCCUAUUCCACCAUAACAGGUGGUGACAAUGCAGAGUUCAUUGAGGAAGCUCUGAGAUCAGUAGGAUGCCCGCACUAUCUUCGAUCCUCUCAUGUUCGAGAUCUUGAUACUGAAGCUAUUCUCCCUGUAGUGCAAUGGCUUACGCUACGUGUUCGAUCAACACAAGAACCUGGUGAGGUUCACUCUGAACAUGUUGUUCAAGGGGAUGAACAGUCACUGUGGGGGCUCGACAAGGAGUUAGAGAAAGCAGAAAUUUCCAUAAAGACAUUGACUGAAAACUUGGAUGAACUGAAACACAGGAAGACAAAUGUUUUGGAACAGUUAGAUCAUAUACGAAACCGAAUCAACAAGGAGGGUGCUGAUUCUGUGGUACAGAAGCUCAUAUCCUUAAUGACGUCUUUGAAGGAUCUUGAAAGGCAGGAAGACCACUUUCAGUCUAAUUGUGAUUCUGAACAUUCAGAACUUCUAGCUGAGAUCAAUGAAUUAGAGGCAAAAAUAGCAAAUGAUUGUGAUAGCAAGAGCCUCUCGGAUGGGCUACAUCAUUCUAUAAGUGAAUUACAUGAAAAAGUUCAUUUGGAGAAAAAGCAACUUGCUGCUAAGCUGAGGGAUAUUCUGGCAAUGAGACGACAGAUCGAUGACCUACCAUGCCAGUCAGAGAUCAACCAGUAUGAACGCCGGCUCUCAGAACUGUAUGCUCAAAUCCAGGGAAAACAUCGACAAACCCGUAAAUACUAUGCUACCUACAAUGCUCUUUUGGAAAUGAAAGAAUUGAUGCUAAAGGAAACAUCCUUAUUGAAUUCAAUCAUUUCACAGUUUCAAGAGGCCUUCAGUAGUAUGGAUGGUCGUGCAAAACUUGUUCAUUCCAUGGAAGGAAUUGUCAAGGGCAGUCAACAGAAGCUAGAUAAGGUUCAAUUAGGGCUUGAAGAAGAGGAGAGAGUACGUAAUGAUAUUAAGAAUAGGUAUGCUGCGGCUGUGGGUGAACAAAAACGUUGCUAUUCUCUGUUAAAGGCUUUUCAGGUAGAAUGCGCCAAGAAUGAGAGGUUUCGUAGUCAAAGUUGGGAGUAAGAGUUGAUUACAGCCUUGAAAUGUGAGUUUCCCAUAAUAGUGUAUCGCAGAUUCAGUCAUAGCAAAGUGAUUCCGUGUUCAUCCAAUAACUCUCAAUUGUAUAAAGCCGAUGGUUACUAAAAGGAAGUGUGUAUUGUGAUAGUGCUAUCUAGGAAAAGCUCUAACUAAGAAAAGACUCGGUUAUUAACUGGUCCAUUGUGACUCACCCCUCUGUCCUAAGAAUUUACCAAGGUUGCAUACACUAUCCUGGUAAACAGUUAUGAUGUCAAGUUUUUCAAGUGCUGUGAAAUGUGAGAUAGAGAGGUUUGAUUGAAGAAUUAAUAUUGGCAUGUACGUAGCAAAUACAAACUAAGAAUGUUUUAAUACAAUCAUGAUUACAAAAGGCCUUGGAAGAGAAAAGUUUAGCAGGAUAAAUAAAAAUGCCAAUAAUUUGAUUUGAGA